GCCUCGCAUCUCCGUUUUUCGUUGUUGAUUGAUUGUACGCGAGUUGUGAGGAGAAAGGAAAACUGCAGCAGCUACGAAAAAAGUGAAAAGUUACCUCGGAAAUUGGCCCCCAAAAUAGACCUCCGUUUCCGUCGGUACCGCGGAUUGCAGGCGCGACUAGUGGAUACUUUGAUUUGUGUUUCGGAUCCAGGUUAUUGCUGACUGGAAGAUUCCCGUCGUCAAGACCCACACCCCCUCCUGGGUUUGCAUUGUUGUGGAAAAUUUCGUCUCCGUCGCAGCGCAAAAGUUCCGUUCUUCCGACUGCUCCUUGCCACGCUCCGUCAUUGAUCGUCAUUAGUCAGCUCCGUCGUCUAAUCAACAACCACACCGAACCAGAAGGCCAAAAUGAUUAAACUUUUCUCGCUGAAGCAACAGAAGAAGGACGGCGAAGCGACGCCAAAGUCCGGAGGACCCCAGAAGAAGGCCUUCACCGCGGCCCAGCUGAGAAUCACGAAAGAUAUUAACGAGCUGAAUCUGCCGAAAACCUGUGCCACGGAAUUUCCCGACCCGGACGAUUUGCUCAACUUCAAGCUGGUCAUCUGCCCCGACGAAGGAUUCUACAAGGGGGGACGGUUUGUGUUCAACUUCAAGGUCGGCCCCAACUAUCCUCAUGAGCCUCCGAAGGUGAAAUGUGAAACACAGGUUUACCAUCCGAACAUCGACCUGGAGGGUAACGUUUGCCUCAACAUCCUGCGUGAAGACUGGAAACCGGUGCUAACCAUCAACUCGAUCGUGUACGGAUUGCAGUACUUGUUCUUGGAACCGAACCCCGAGGACCCGCUGAACCGAGAGGCGGCCGAAGUGCUGCAAACGAACCGACGCCUCUUCGAGCACAACGUGUUCAAGGCGAUGCGCGGUAGCUACAUUGGGGAAACCUAUUUCGAGCGCUGUCUCAAGUGAUACAUAAGUUCUACACUCACACUAAAAUGUUGCGUUUAUUUAAUUAUUCUUACAAUUGGUGGACGCUAUUAUAUAGACUUUAAAUAUAACUAAAAUGGGACAAGUGGCGGAGUGGGCGGGAGUUAGAACAAGCGCAAAUCAAUAAAAACAAUAGCUCAUAUUGGGGCACCCGAGCACGGGAGCGUGCCCAUUUGUCGUACGUUGUCGAGCAGCGAUCGUUUAGUGCCGCAGACGGAGUGCUUCGGAGGAAUGAACAGAUAAACGAGAAAGAGAAAGUAGCAGAAAGAUACUGAGAUAUCGAAUUAUGAAGGGUUAGAGUGUGAGAAAAGGUAAAACAAAUUGAGCAUUACAACUGCAAAUGAAAACACAAUGUAAAAUUUAUAAUCCAAACUGAUAAAAUCAACAACUAUGAGACAAAAUUGAAAAUCCAUCUCUUGUAUCAAUAUUGAACGCAAAUAUAACCAAACACUUUGAACGAGUUGCUAUCCUUUUCUGUUUCACUAUUCUGCAGACCACGUAGGAGAUCCCGGUUUGCAUAAUGCCAUUCGACCUGACGCGAGUCGUCGAUCGGCAUUGUGUCAAAUGGGAUACUUCCAAAACCGGUGUAUGGUAACACAUGGCAGUCAGUUAUGCAAACUCAGAGCGAGAGAGGAAAAUGAACACAAAUGAUUCAAUCGAAGAGGAAUAGAUAACAAACAAGAAUCAAUGAUCUUAGUUUAAUUUACAUGAACAGUAAAACAUAAGGUAAAUAAACGGUAUUUAUACAUAGGAAGACCACACACAAAAACUUAUCUAAUCUCCUUGAUUUCUUUCUACCGAAACCAACACCUACAGCAACGUUCUAAUCUAAUCCAAUUCUAUCACUUCUCUAAAAACAAAAAAAAACUGGUAGAUUACAAUGAAGCAACAACAGCAGAGAUAAAACAAAAACAAGAAAAUAAAUGAAUAUCCGAGAAUCCAACAGAAAGUUUUACGAUUACUGAAUGUACUGAUGAAAUUAGUGACAAAACUGAAGAAAAAAAAAAAAACAAAACAUACAGAGAGCUACAAUUAAAUAUGAAAAUUUUACUCGAA